CUGAAUGGGGUCUUGUCGGUGAACAGCAAGGCUGUCGGUACAAGCGCUUUCUGUCUUAAUUAGCUUUGUCGGUCGCGCAUUCCCUAACAUUUCGCAGUCGAACAGCCACACUGGUAUUACCCGCGAUGUGAAGUGCUUUACUGCUCUCUACAGGCAACAUUUCGUUCAACUUUUUUGCCGCUCAACUUUCUGGUGAAAGUGGAUCUGCCUGGACCUGUUGGAAUCUGCAUGGAAAAACAUGAAAAGCCUAAAAGCAAAGUUCAGGAAGAGUGAUGCUCAUGAAUGGAGCAAGAAUGAUGAGCGUCUCCUCAGUGCUGUGGAGCAUGGAGAAACAGAAAAGGUCGCCUCUCUCCUAUCAAAGAAAGGAGCCAGUGCCACAAAACUGGACAGCGAGGGCAAGUCUGCUCUGCAUGUAGCAGCCACUCGGGGUCAGGCAGAGUGCCUAGCUGUCAUCCUGGCCCAUGGAGCUGACAUUUCUGUAGUGGACGCUUCAGGUUCUAGUGCUUUACACCUUGCUGCCAAAAACAACCAUCAGGAUUGUGCCAAAAAAUUGAUACAGAGCAAAUGUGUGGUAGACGCUCUGGACGGUGUUGGGAGGACUGCUCUUCAUCAUGCAGCUGCCAGUGGAAGCGUUGUGAUUGUUCAGCUUCUAUGUGAGCACAAGUGUCCUGUGAAUCUCAAAGAUACGGAUGGGUUCACGCCCUUGCUGUUGUCAGCAAGACAUGCUCAUGCAGAGGUGUGUCGCAGCCUGCUGGAUUGGGGAGCUGACAUCAACGCCUGUGAUAAGAAUGGCAGGACGGCUGUGAUGCUGGCCAGCGAGAGCAGCUGUGCUCCUGCAGUGGAGGUGCUGGUGCAGAGAGGAGCGGACCUGCUCAUGGUCGACUCUCUGGGCCAUGACGUCCUGCAUUACACCAAGCUGUCCGGCAGCGGGGAGGUUCGGGCCCUAAUCACCGCCGCCCUCCACCGGCAGCAGUCUGAACCAGCAGAUAAGAGUUCAAGCAGAACGCCACAGCAUGAUCAUGUGGCUAAGUUAAAUGAAGAGAGAAGCACAACCCCUAAAAAACGAAAAGCACCCCCACCUCCUAUUAGUCCAGUCCAGUUGACUGGCAUUGUGUCUCCACCUUAUUUCACCCCAACUGAAACUCCAGUAUCAAGUAAAAGUGAUUCAUCCAAGAGGUUCAAUUACAAGGAGGAGGAACUGAGAAGUGUGGCAAUGAAAGAAGAAAUAGAGAAGCUGCAGGAAGAGAAGAGUAUGCUGCUGGAGACCAUUGAAGAUCUGAAGCAGAUUGUGGAGCAGACUGAGCCCAAGACAGAGCACUGUGGGAAUGCAGAGUCAACACUGAUUGCAACCUUGCAAGCAAAAGUGGCCUCCCUCUCCUUAGAAAACCAGCAGCUUGCUCAGAUAAUCAAGAAACGUCCAGCUCCUCAAGGCGAAGAAGGCCGCGAGGACUCGCGUCCGAACAGCUUUGACUCCAAUGUCUCUUACCACUCCACUCAGGCAGACUUUGAUUUCUCCAGUGACCUCCACAGCCAAACGGGCGACAAGCAGGAGCUGUCUGAAGUUUCUGCUUUAGAUAAGAGCAGACUCCUAGUGGAGGCUGAACAAAUGAAGGAGGGUAGCGAGGAAGAAAUCCUGCUACUUAGGGAUGCACUGCAGAGUCUGCAAGCGAAACUGCAGGAGUCAAGGCUGGAGAAUCACUCCCUGCAGGCCAGGCUCAAACCCAACUCUUGUGCAGAGGAAAUUGGAAAUGAAGACAUGUCAGAAAGUGUGGCUGAACUGAAGGCUAAUCUUGCAGAUUCACAGCAGAAAUACCAGGCUGUGUUGGAAGAGGUACAAACUCUCAGGGCAGAGAGAAGAGCAGGAGCUGCAAGUCAAGGAGAGGAUCACGUGGUACAGAAGUUUCAGUAUUUGAAGGGCUGUCUUGAACAGGAGGUCAAAGACCUGAAGGCAAAGUUGGCCAAGUCACAAGAAGAGAAGAUGCAUGAUGCAUCUUUGAUAAAAGAUCUGGAGGCUCGUCUUCAGAGUGGUUCCAUUGCGGAGGAUGAGCGUCAGGAACUGAAGAACUCUUACAAUGUUCUGGUGGAGAACAUUAACCAGGAGAAGUCGUUGCUGAUUGAGAAGUACAAGGAGGCACAAGAGGAGAUCAAGAUGCUUCAGGAAGCGCUCUGUGGCACUGUGCCUGUUGAAGCUGCUGCCAAAGACUUUGAAGAGAUGAAGGCCGAGUUGGGCGAGGUUAUUGAAGGACUGCAGAGGCGGCUAUUGGAGCUUUCUAAAUCAUACAGUGAGGCCAAAAGUGAGUUGAGCACAGCCCACAGCCAGCUCCAGGCUAAAGCCUCGGAGUCCAAGGAGAGACCAGACGUGGUCUGGUUCACUAAAGAGCAGCAUGAGCAAAAAAUGCAAGAGCAGGCUCUGAAGAUGAAGGAUGUACAGAACACAUUAAAGGAUACUGAAAUCAAGUACCAGGCUGCACUGAAAGAGAUUUCUCAACUCAAACAAGAUGCUGAAGCCCAGGCCCAAUCCUCUAUAUCUCUUGCAGACCACACUCAGGUUGUAGCUUCCUUAGGGAGUGCCAUCAAGAACUUAGAAGCUGAGAUAGAGACCCUCAAGCAGCAGCUCUCCCAGAAGACCUCGCAGGUGGACGCUUUGCAGAACAGGCUGACGGUGGAGAAAGACGUGAUUCCAGACCAUUCUGUUUCCAGGCUGGAACAUGAGCAGCUACGAGAGUCCUUGGAGGGUGAGGUUAACCACUUGACCAACCUGCUUCAGGAUGCCCUGAGGAAGCAGGAUGAGAUGGCCUUGGAGGUGACUGCUGCCUGGCAGGAAGUGAAGGAUGAAAGAAAUGCGAAACAGGCAGCGCAGAAGCUGGCUUUAUCAAGAGAACAGGAGAACAAUGCACUAAACUCAAAGUACAAGGAGGCUCAGGAUAUCAUCGUGCAGCUGAAGAAACAGGUGGAGAACCACGUGAGCUCUGAAAGAGAGAAAAACAAAAAGAUUGAUGAUCUGUCAAAGGAGGUUGGCAAGUUGAAGGAUGCCCUGAACAGCCUGUCCCAGCUCUCUUAUACAACAAGCACCCCAAAAAGGCAACAGAACCAGCAGGUUGAUUCCCUCCAACAGCAGAUCAAGCAGUUGCAAUAUCAACUAGCUGAAUCUAAGAAACAGCACCAUGAAAUUGUCUCAGUGUACAGGAUGCACCUCCUCUAUGCUGUCCAGGGUCAAAUGGAUGAAGAUGUGCAGAAGGCCUUGAAGCAAAUUCUGAUGAUGUGCAAAAUGCCUACUGAGGCCAAGUGAUGGCGCUAUUAGUCAACCAUGUACUGCCAAAAUAAAAGGCAUGUAAGGAAACUCGUACUUGUGUUGCAUUCAGGAUCCGUCCACUUAAACUUUUUAUUCAGUGGAACAUCUUAUUUGGUCCUUAAAACAGCUGAAGACAAAGUCAGAUGACAACAAGCACCUGACCAGACAAUCAAGCAAAGUUUCAGAUGAAACGUUUUGAAAAGUGAUGUUGCAUUCAUAUAUUGUGAAAAAUAUGUUUGUGUUCAUCUUGUCAGAAUUAUUUUCAUAUGCAUAAAUGCCUUUUAAAAUCAGAACCCAUAAGCACAAUGCGUGUGUUAGUCCUUUUGUUUGCAGAAUGUUUUGUUGUUCUGCGGAUUUGAAUCAUAAAUAUCUUAUACUUGA